CGGUGGAAGGACGACCCAGUUGGGACAUACCAUGGUGGCUUUCGAAUUGCAAGGGAUGAGAUCGGCGUCUAUCCGCUCCCUUCUUCCCAUCCGCCGGUGUCUUUCUCGCACCGACCUUGCAGCGCUGACGGGUCCUCCCCCGGUAGCAGUGAGGCUCCGCGGAGUCCUCGCCCCCAGGGGGUGGUUCCGUACGGUGCAGGCUCGCCAUUAUACCAUGAAUACGCUGCCGAUCCGGUCGACCCUGCAGGCUUUCACGGCCAGGUGGUGUCUGGCAUGCACCUGGGCGGGCACGGGUACUCUGGCGUGGCUCCAUCGCUGACCCAGAUGUUGCCAGAUCCGACCAUGGGGCCGGAAAAGAAUCAGCAUCACGAUGGCGGCAGCUUGGCUUCGACUGUCGCGGUCUUCGCCGCGAAUACCUCCCAGCCUGUCGAGCAGUAUAGCACUGGCGUGCAGGUCACUUCCCAAACGGACGGGCGCGAGACCCCUCCCAUGUCCAAGAACCUGACCGAUCAUGGCUGUCAAUUUCGCUCGCCAGUAUCGCCAGUCAAGAAGAAGGUCCCUGCCUCGCCUCCCUCCUCUCAUCGCAGCCAGCCGACAAAGAGCCGUCCUAAGCAGCAGCAACAGCAGCAGCAGCACCGCGUGGGAAAACGCCCUCGUCGCCGUAUCUACAACAGCAGCAUCACCGUCGCUGCCCAACCAGCCAUUAAAACGAAGGCAGUGGCGAUAACACCCAACUCCUCUCCUUCCUCGUCGUCGUCCUUCUCGCCCUUGUCCUCUCCCUCCUCCAAAUCGAAGGCUCCACGAAUCUUUGUCUGCAGUUUUGCCCACUACGGCUGUGACAAGGUGUUUCCCUUCAAGAAUGAAUGGAAGCGCCACAUCGCAACCAAACACCUUCAGCUCGGCUUCUACCGCUGCGAUGUUGAAGGAUGCAACAUUGAUGAGCAGCUGCAGCAAGCAAAGAAGAACAAUAAAAAGAAAAAGUCCCCGGUACACACCCGGUCCACGUCCUCCUCCUCCUCCUCCUCGUCGUCGUCUUCCAUUUCCGAAAAAAAACCAGCGCUUCGAUACAAUGACUUCAACCGCAAAGACCUAUUCACGCAACACCAGCGCCGCAUGCAUUCCCCCUGGGCGGGUCGCGCGGACCGUGCUUCCCCCAGCCAAGAAGAACAGAAAACAUUCGACCAGGGUCUCGACGUCGUGCAUCACCGGUGCUGGCGCGAGCGACGGCAGCCGCCGACACGCAGUCGGUGCGGGUUCUGCGGAGAGGAGUUUGAAGGCCCGAUGAGCUGGGACAAGCGGAUGGAGCAUGUCGGUAAACACUAUGAAAGGGGCGACUAUGAUCGGGAAAAGGUGGAGAUGGAGGACGAAUUCCUCAGGGACUGGGGGGUCGAUACGGGCGUCAUCCAGGUUGUCCAGCCGGGCAGAGAGUGGCGGCUGACUUCGUUGAUUGAGAAGGAGAGGGGCUGACAUGAAUACUAUACCCAUCUAACUUAUACUAGAUAUAUUGCUG